CUGGUUUGCUUUUCCUCCAUUCUCUUUUCUCCUUAGCUGUAAUGCAAUGGGUAGGCAUACCAAAAACUCAUUCCGUCCUCCAAUUUCUAUUCCAAAAUCUGCAGCAAAUCCUGUGUUACAUGCCAUGCUUCACUUCAAUAAAUGUGAAACAGUAAAGUUACCUUACGUCGGAGUUUACAUGGUUUUCUUUUUCUCCUUCCCUGUUCAGCAUGCAGUGUUUGAAGUUCAGAAUUCAAUCCAGUAGCUCAUCUCUUUGCCUCCUUCUGGUACCAAACUAAGUAUAUCUUGGCCAGCAUGUUAAUAUCUCCUUUUUUUUAUGUAUGUCAAUAACAGGCAGGAAUCUGUCACGGGGCGUCCGGCUAUCAGAAUUAAGGUGUAGUUGAAUCACCACUAUUUUGCCGCUGCUGUUGAGAACUACUCUUUCCUUAAUCCAAACAAUGGCAAGAAAGUUACGGAGCCAAAUUGAGGUUAAAGAUCACCCAGGCUGCAUGUGGAACCUCUUUCAUCAUUUCCAUUUCCACAACCGCCACCAGCUCGCGAGGAAAAUGUUGUUAGAAGCAAAGCAGGCUAAAGGUGCUAAAGCCUCAAAGAAAAAAGCAGGUGGACGCGAAGAAGAUACAGCAGAUGGUAAAGUUCCAGUUAAUGAAAAUUAUAAGGAAAGGAGCUCAUCAGUACACAGCUACAGCGGCAGACUAAUAAAAAUACUCAUGGCUGAGGAAAUAUCCAAGGAACCAGAAAGAGGAUCAAGCGCCACCUCUACCUCCAUACCAGCAACGUUUACUGCUUCAUUCUCUGAUACAGACCUUGGAGACAUCGCUUCCCUAGGAGAGCCUGCUGCUGAGAGUUCAGCAUCUAGCCUCCAUUUAUCACAAGACAUGGAAACUCAUGCUGUGUACGAGAAAAAUUCUUUGCCAGAGCAGGGCGGAUGGAAUAACCCAUCUGAUGAAAGUCAUUGGAUCAUGAAUUAUGGUGGCGACUCCAGCUAUGAUCAACUUGAUGAACUUGGAAAACAGUUACUUGAGAAGCAUGCCCUUCUUCAAGAAAAACUGGAUGAAGCAAAGGAAGCCAUUUUAAACCAUAAUUAUGUAGAUGCCAAGGACCUUGCAAGAGAUAUGCUGUUGCAUCAGUCAAAAGACUUCGUGGAUGCACUGGAGAUAUUGAAUACUGACAGAGAACUAUUUCUGGAACUUCUACAAAACCCUAAUCCCCUGGCAGAAAGAGAGACCCCUGACAAGCAGCCAUUUCAUGAAGAGAACGACAUCAUUUGCUCUUCAUCACUGACAAAUGCCGAUUCUUCAACCAAAAAACACGUCAAGGAUCCCAAGCAUAAGAUGAAAGGGAAGAGAUGGUUCACAAAACUCCGAAAAGACCCCCAGGACAAGGAUUCACCGCUAGACUUACAGCCUACUAACUUAUUGAAGGAUGUGAAGCACCAAAAGAAAAAGCAGGACAAGGAUCGGAGACUAGACUUACAGAACACUAACCCAUUAAAGGAUGCAGACAGGAUGGACAAAAGCUCUGAUCCACCAAAACGUGCAACCGUCAUGAAACCUGCAAGUGGAACACCUAGAAGUAACAAAGAUCUGGAUCCCUCACUGAGCUCAACAAAUAAACUCAGUAGGGCAGAAAGUGAAAAAGCUGGCAACCGUUUUCGAGAUUUAAAACACAGGCUCAAGAAAGCCAUUAAAGAUGGCAGAAAGGAGCAACUACACAUCUCCAUGGAUGGGAUCCUUCAUAAAGUCCCAUAUGGCACUAAGGAUAACAUGAAGGAGAAAGUGGACCAACAUAAAGAGACUACUGCAUGUGGUGUGAACAGAGAACAAGCAAGAAGCAAUGCUGACAGUUGCCCAAGUCCAUCAAGCAGUAUAAAGGAUGACCUCAACAAUAGAGAGUUGAAUUCAUCUGUCACUAAGAGUAACAUUAAAGAUCAUCCAACAACCUUCACUGUUUUGAAUGAGGAUAUAGAAUCAACAACAUCUGGAAGAGAUCAAUGUUCUGAGGAGCCAGCUAGUCUACGAGAAAUACCUUCUGAUGGUAAUCAUAGAAAAGAAAUCCACAAUGGAGAACCAAAGAACACAGAAAACAUUGUCAUGGAAGUUUAUGGAGAACCAGAAUUGGAUAUAGUACAUGAUGACAAUGAAGAAAGCGCUGGAAGUCCACCUCUGCAUUUCCCAGAAAACAGUGAGGUACAGCAUCAGGAACUUGGAACAGGUACUGCAAAAACAACUGACACAAGCCCAGAUUCCUUUACGGAUUGCCAUUUUGAAGAAGGUAAUUCACAUCAUGUGGAAGAUCCCUCAAGCACAUCAACAUUUCAAGACCAAGAAGGUUUAGUGCCCAUGCAAAUGCAUGAGUUCCAAAGAAAAGAUUCCAUUGUUCCACAAGAAGACCAAUGUAAUGGAGCAGUUCCUCAUGAUGCACUUGCUAUACCUGCUGUUCAUGCUAACCAAGAUUCAGCUGACAAUGGCAACUCCCAUGAUCUAUACACUCAUGGUGAUGAAGAAGACAAAGCUGAUUUCACAUAUGUAAUGGAUGUGCUUAAGGCUUCCGGACUUAGGGGCGACGAAUCCCCCACACAAUGGCAUUCACGAGAACAGCCAAUGGAUCCUCUAUUGUUCAAUGAAGUGGGAACUUUACCUACAAGUGACAUUGCAGGAGUUAACAUGGUUACUGCUUGCAACCACCAAUUGCUGUUUGACUGCAUCAAUGAAGCAUUGCUAGAAAUCUAUGAACGGUCAUUCAAAAAGUAUCCCCGGUUUAUGUCCUUGACAUCACGUACUAGAACAAUGCCUAUAGGAAAGUACAUCCUUGAUGAGGUGUGGGCUGAAAUAAGUUGGCACCUUGAAUCUCAGUCACAAUUGUAUCCAUCAGUGGAAUAUCUAGUGACAAGGGAUCUGGCAAAGAGCAAUGGUUGGAUGGAUGUGCAAGCAGAAGCAAAGAGCAUAGUGAUCGAGCUCGAAUCACUAAUUACAAAUGAUUUGUUGGAUGAUGCUCUCUAUCAGAUUAUCUAAGUCAUUUAUCAAACUUGUUAUGUUUAUUCUGAUGUCUUCAUGGAAGGAUUGGUGUAUGCACUAUGCAGCCAUUUAAUUCUCUGCGCCCCAAAUAUAGAAAGUCAAUUGUGACCCCAUAGUCCAUGUAACAGCUGAUUGAUCAUCCAUGUGGAAAUAGCAUACGUAAAUGUGUAAUUAUGACCUGCAGAAAACAGCAUUCAACCAAUAGGAGACCUUUCUGUAUUACAUAAGAGUACAAUUUGUAAGAAUAGGAACCAUUGUUUUAGCAAAGGCAUGCACCGAAUAAUACAAACAUAUCAAAAAGGGUCAGGCAGUUCAUAUCUAGUUCUUGCAGAAUAGGUAGAACAUAAAUGUUACUAAUACUACCAACACAUGCUGUGAUUGACUGAUUACCAUAUGCAUAUAUAAUUAAAGUUGCAAUAGAACAAAUUAGUAUAAUAAGCAAUUUAGGUACAACGAAAUGUAUUCUUGACUGAACUAGGCCUACUCCAUCUACAGUGUGAAAUCAAACAAGUUGUUGCCUAUGUGCUAUAAGAAAUGAUGACGCAAAAAUGAUCAACGAGGUCAAAAAAUUCAAGACCAAUGUAACUGCCGAACCAGAAAACUAAUGGUCCAAAUAUUUCUGCUUGCUUAACAUUUCCCCCUCCCUCAAGGCCAUGGUUGUAUGCAUCAUAACAUAAUCACAAGAAUCUCUGUGCAUGAACACUAGCUGAGAUUAUCAGUAGAAAUAUAAGAAGACCCACCAUUUAUGGCAAACUUCAUCCCUUUGUCACCCUUCACAAAAUCUUGACUUGCCUGUGUUCAAAAUAAUCUUCCAUUGUUUUACGCAAGAGCAAAUAGAACCCAUUUCAAGAAUUUCCAGAAUCCUAAUCCAUAACCAACACAAACAAGCAUGAGCUCAAUAAGCAUGUGCAUGAUACUUGACAUGUGCACUUUGGAUCCAGGAUUCUCCGUCCACCUGACGGAGAUAUCAAGUAUGGAGAUAUUAAGACUUUUGAAUAAGUAUACCAAUUCAACAUCGAAGCACCACCUGAAGUGAAAAUCCUUAGAAGAGAAAGACAAAAAAUUAGCUACAAAUAAAUGCAGAAUGUUAAUCACUGCCAGCCAAAAAAAACUUUUGUUUGUUGACGCAGGACAUGGAUCAAGCAUUCUUAUAUAAUUGAGACAAAAAGGCCAUGGCUCAUACAAUUCAACAGUAUCCAGUCUAUGCAACUUCAGUAGGCUCAUGCAACAGCUUUCAUAUUUUAGCAAGUUAACUCAUCUGGUAGUGACAUCAAGGUCUUAUAAGCGUAACAAUGAAGCACCUUAAGACAAACGAGGAGCAUGCCUUUAAUGUCUUUCAACAUAAAUUUUUACAAAAAAUUAUAAAAUUUGUUGA